AUGGCAUCUCGACUUUUACUCACACUUGGCGCCGUGGCAGUCUGCGGAGCUCUCAACGAUGAGGCGAGCGCAUCACAAUCCUCUCCGCCCGAAUUACCGACCCGGACAGAGUCUUUCCAGCAGCAGGUCAAGCUGGAGCCGCCGAUCAUGUUCUUCCUGCAGAGCCCGCAGCGGUGCGGUAUGCCCCUCCAACAUGCUCUGACAGGCCAAUCUGCGAACCUGGUGGAUAGAGAUGAUCUGAUGUUCACCAACCGCGGGCCGUCCAUCUCAAUACGACUCAUGUGGCCCGGAUACACUCCGUGGAGCAGGCAGAUCCCCACCAGGGAUUUCGGAAUGGCUCCUCAGCCUAUUACGAAGUCCACGCUCGCGAAGUCCGUCGCAAAGGUAGUGCGGCAAUUCAUCGAGGAAGCGGGGACGUGCCAUUGGCACACAGAGGAGGAUGCGGAUCUUGCGUGGCGCGUUGGUACUGGGCACAUACAGCUGCAAGAUCUCUCGUUGAUCGGACUACAACAUGUCUCCAUGAGCAGUUGGCAGGCCUAUGUCGCCCUCCUCCCUGGACGUGUUCAAGCCAUCUGAUAGGCGUGCAGACAAGACUGCCUCAAUAGCUCAAAGUCAUCGGUCUUAUCGCCUUGUCGUUGGCGGCCUCCGGAGUUAACUGUAGUACACAGUUACACUGUACUCGACAUCUGUGCCACAAGCAUUGGACUAGCACUUCAUUCCAUACGGGUAGGCCCUGUAGUGACGUGGAAUCAGAUCUUGAACAGUCACACUGUGAAGUGAGCACUGGA